AUGCUCUACCAGAGACCGGGAGGCGUGUAUUUCCCAGGCUUCAGGACGGUGAAUAGCAGGAAUCUGCUCGGGAGUGGUGGCGUCUCGAUCUCGGUCCGCGCCCACUUGGAGUUCGACAUCUUGCCGGUCACAGGCCUACCGCCCGGCUACGACGUUAUUGGUAUUAGGACCAAAAAUCUACUCAGAAACCUUAAUGUUGUUACCUUAUACAGACAUCCGCGUGGACGCAUAUCUCGUCGUGACUUCCAGUCUAUUUUUCAGGCUGUUUCUGAUAGCGCUCAUGACACUAUCAUUCUGGGCGACUUCAAUGCCAAGAAUGUUGUAUGGAAUUGCCAUUCCACUGAUGACAGCGGAGACGUGCUACUCGAUCUCAUGUCGGAUGAAGAUUUUUAUUACGUCAACUCUGACACUAGAUCUCGAAAUGGCUUCCGCGGCCAGCGCGAUUCUAAUUUAGACCUUAUGUUCGGUACGGAGGGCAUCUUAAAUAGGAUUGACUAUCGUCAAAUGGAGGACACGUGGGAUAGCGAUCAUUUUCCUAUCUCAUUCGCUUUUGACAACUCUACGCAAAUUUAUAGGAAGAUCUCUAAUAGGUUAUCUUCUAAGAGAACGGACUGGUCGCGCUUCCGUGACUUGGUGGAGGACGAAAUUAUCUCUGCUCUUCUUCCUAACAUUGACUCUUUUAAACAAGAUUUCGAAUUUUAUUAUAGUCACUUUAUAAACAUUCUCAAAAAAUCUAUUGCCAUUGCUUCGGGUAGACGCGAGGACGCUCCUAAGCCUUCUUGUCCCGAAGAUCCGGCCAAACGUAAGAGGUCACAUAGGUGGUGGGACGUCGAGUGUGACGAGGCCGUUCGUCAGAGAAAGUCGGCCUUUGCCGAAUUCAGGAAGAGCAAGAGUUUGCAUGCCUGGAUCGAGUACAAGAGAUUGAAAGCACUCGCCAAACGCACUAUAAACAAGAAGAAAAAAGAAAACUUUGAGAAGUUUUGUGGCAGCAUCAAUAGAUUUACUAGCCUUAGUUAUGUUUGUGUAUACAAACGUAUAUUACAAUACAAUGCGUAUUUUGAAGAACGCGAGUAAGAACAUCGAGUGGAACAAGUGGACGACAAAGUGUAGGGAGGACAAAAUUAGGAGCACCAUUGAUAACCUUGUCCCCCCUCCCCCAUUGUGGGGGUGGAACCGGUUGUGGAGUUUGGUGAGAGUUACGCGGACUAUGGGUUGGAGGCUCCAUUCUCGCGUUCCGAACUCGAUAGAGCAAUCGAUAUGAUCAGAAGAGAUUCGGCGCCAGGCCUCGACGGUAUGGAGUACAAGAUGGUCAGAAUGCUGUUGGAGUCUGGAAGCUAGGGCUUGCCUACUUGAGUUGUUUAAUACCGUAUGGUCAACGGGUGUUCUUCCCUCGGAUUGGCUGGACUACCAGGUGAUUUUUAUUGAUAAGGUAGGUAGGGGGAAGGUUCGUCCCAUCUCCCUAUCCUCGUGCAUCGGCAAGCUCAUGGAGCGUAUGAUAAACGAGAGGCUGAUCUGGUGGGCGGAAAGGGAAAAAAAAUUCAGCUCUUCUCAGAGCGGCUUCAGGAGAGGCAAAUCGUUUGCGGACAACCUUGCUAAAAUUGUGUCGGAUAUUAGAGCAUCCCUGUGUGUGGGUGAAUAUACGCUUGCGGCUUUCCUCGACGUGUCAUCGGCCUACGACUGUGUCGAUUACCGCAUCAUGCUCGACAAAUUGAUUGCGCUUGAUUGUCCCACUGGCAUAGUCAAAUUUAUUGCUAAUUGGCUAUACCGGAGAAAGGGGUUGUGUUCUGACUUGCCGGAGGGUGUCGAGGCCGUGGAGUUCGCCGAUGAUAUCGGCCUAUAUGUUAGUGGCCCGAACCGUGAACGUAAUCGUCUUCUUCUACAACGAGCGGUCAAUACCAUUGCUGAGCGACUUAGACGUAUCGACUUGGAACUUAAGAAUUAAAACCUAAGUAUUGGUAGAGUUCUGCAAAAGCGGCUACCUCGACAAGAACCUGAGCAUCCGUAUCGGGGACUGCGACGUCUGUAAUAGUGGUGAGGCGAAAUUUCUUGGUAUAUGGCUAGACAACAGCCUGAAAUUUCACCGACAGGUACAGGAGGUUAGAGGUAAGGUCAGUAAGGCCAACUCUAUUAUUAGAUAUCUAUGUAAGAUGUCCAAGGGCAUGGAGGUCAACACCGCCCUCAUGCUCUACAAAAGCCUCGUUAGAUCAAUGACGGAUUAUGGAAGCUUUAUCUACUUUCCUAGAGACUCUGCGUUCCAGCUUAAGUUGGAAAGGGCCCAAUAUUUGGGUAUCCGAACGGCCCUCGGCUUUAGAAAUAGUACUCCGAACGACGUAAUUAUUGCUGAGGCUAAGGUCAGGGGUCUCAAGGAUUGGGCGGAAAUGCUUGGUAGGAAUUUUAUUAAUAAACUGAUUGCCUAUAAUCAAAAUGACCUCUGUCAGAAAUUAUAGCGUACAAUGAACCGCGAACAUUACGUCCGAUUUCGCCAGCCUAUGUAUAGGUUCUCGCUCCUCUCUGAGAUGUGGAAAAAAGCUACGUUACUUAGAGCGGGAAUUGGCCCACAGAGAAAAUUUGAGAUCUUCAACGGAUCGUUUGGUGCCCAUACAUUCGUACCCACCGUUGAUAUAUCCAUUGGUGAAUCCAGAAAGCACAAUAGAUAUCCGGACUGUGACUUGUUUCAAGAAAUUAUUGACAAGCAUAAACUUGGAUCCUCCCCGGUUAUCUUAUUCACGGACGGAUCAUAUGACGAAAGCAAGCGUUCUACUGGAAAGGGUAUAGUAAAGGGUUACGUUGACAGCGAGAGAUGCGAGUGCGGUAGUGAAUGCGAGGAUUUACACCACGUUCUAUUGCGAUGUCAAAAAUAUGACGAUUUGAGAAUAACCAUGGAUAACGCUCUCAGAGCGGAAGGAUUUUGUGAAGAGAUUGAUAUUUAUCGAUUGAUCAAGCAGAAGCAGUGGGAUUAUUUGUAUAUUGUUUUUAACUUUCUUAAACAAUUAAUUCAUAAAAUUAUUUAAUCAUUACCAGGUUUAGCUAUUUUUUGGGUCAAUUAUCUGAAAGAUUAGUAACCAAGGAUUAAUGAUAUUGUGCCAAUUACCGCGCAGCGUAUAAGGCACCUAACCUCCUCAUCCGAGGAACUUGGAAAAAACCCCCUCUUCGCACAUGAAGAAAAAUAAGAGGUAUCAAGAUGCCAGGUUGUUGUGUUAAAGGCUGCAAUAAUCGCAGCGAAAGAGGAUUUAGGUUAUUUCGUGUUCCGAAAAAUAAAGAAAGAAGGCAUGAAUAGCUUCAAUUUAAUUGGAAGAGAUACUUUACCAGAAAGAGUUAAAAGUGAGGCAAUUAAUGAAUAUAUGUAUAUGCGGAUAUGCGAUAUACAAUUUGAUAUAAUAUAUGAUCUAUGACGUUUGUUUAUUACUAUGUAAAUAAGUGACAGACUUCGAAAUUAAACAUUAAUUACUGUUAAUUGUGGCGUUUUGAAUUUACUCUUUUUCUUUUCUUUUACCUAAAGAGGAUCAUGAGAAAGUGAGAAAAUUCCAAACGCUGCGAGAGUGCAGACACAAUGGA